UUUCAUAGAAGUGUGGCUCGGCAGGCAUAUCACCUGCAAACAGCAAAGUCCGUUUGCCGAGGCCAACCCAGCAGGGCAUCAGGAAGAAGAUAGAAUGGGAAAGGAAAAUGAAGGAGAGAGGGAGAGAAAAGCAGCAAGCAACGAAGAGAGUGUAAAGCAGCCACACGCAGAGAGUAAGGGGGAAGUAGUGCCUCUGUGUGCAGUUCUGGUCACCAGUGUUCACUAAAGACCUAUUCACUCUGGAACAAGUGCAGCAAAGAGCUACCAGAAUGAUCAGGGAAAUGAAGCACCUAAUCUUAUGAGAGAAGACUGGAAGACCUUGUUUUGAUUGCUUAAUUGAAGUCUCCACAGUGUCUGUGGUCAUCAGGACAAGGGCAUUCACCUGCUUCCAGCUCUGCUCGGAGGAAGGAACUGUUGUCCUGCCACAUCCGGCAAGAACCCGGCAUUGCAUCCACAUCACCAACUGCUGGAAAGAAUCUGUGAAAUGUAACCAGUGAUUGACCUCCAAACCACCGAUUCCAGGAGACGCAUUGAAGACCUGGUGACGGAAUCUGCAGAGAGAGACGCCCAUCCACUUCCGAGGGGCGGAGGGGAUGACCUGACCCCUGCUCCCCUGAGAGUAAUGAUCUUCCUCCAUGCCCCUUAGUGUGCCCCAUUUGCUUACCAGUGGCCUGAACUACAUCACUGAGACCCUCUAUCGGUUCUGCUGGGCAUGUCAAAUGCCAGCACCUCUCAAAGUCUGGACCAAUGCAAAGAUUACAGCUCCAACCACCAGCUGCACCUGGUUGGGUACAGCCUGAUCUUUGUGGCAGGUUUGAUGCUCAAUGCUAUGGCACUCUGGGUCUUCCUGCACUACUUGCACCUCAAGUCUGUGGUGAGCAUCUAUAUGUUCAACCUAGCAGUAAGCGACCUGCUCUUCACACUCUCGCUGCCACUACGGCUCUAUUACUACUCCAACCAGCACUGGCCAUCUGGCAAUUUCCUUUGCCAGGUGUCUGGCUCCCUCUUCCAGAUCAACAUGUAUGGCAGCUGCCUCUUCCUCAUGUGCAUCAACCUGGACCGCUAUGUUGCCAUUGUCCACCCACUCCGCUGGCGCCACCUUCGGCGGCCUAAGUUGGCCUGGCUGCUCUGCCUGGUGGUGUGGGUGCUUAUCCUGGUGGGCUCUGUUCCAGCUGCUGGUGUCCACCUGUCAAGUUCCUGCAUCAAAGGGAACCAGACCAUCGUUCUGUGUUUUGAAAGCUUCAGUAAUGACCUGUGGCAGAAGAGCAUCUUCCCACUGGUCAUCCUGGCGGAAAUCCUGGGCUUCCUCUUACCACUGACCUCUGUGACAUACUGCUCAAUUAGAAUCUUCCAGAAGCUAUGCCAAGCCAGUGAGACACAGAGCCUGCACCAGCAGAAGACUAUCCGCCUGCUUGUGAUCAAUCUGGUAAUCUUCAUCAUCUGCUUUGUGCCCUACAACACAACUCUGGCAGUGUAUGGGAUGAUAAAGGCCCAUGUGAUUCAGGCUGAGCCACCAGUUCAGGACUCCAUGCGCCAAGUGCUUAUUGUCACAGUGCUGUUGGCCAGCAUGAACUGCUCUCUGGACCCCCUAAUUUACUACUUUAGCACCGAAGGUUUCCGGAACGCUUUCAAGAAGCUCCAGCAUCGCCAGGCAUGGGACUCUGACAAAAGGAUGGCCAAGACUCGGGUCACAGAGAGGGAAACCCGCUCCAGUCUAGGAGUAAACCUGAUCCUCCCCAAUGAGGACUUGCCACUGACUCCCAUCAAAAUAUUUUUGAAUGGCCCGAUCGAGGACUCUGAAAUAUAAUCCUGGAAGCAUGGGGUUGCUGCAUUAUAAGGUAGCCAUAAGAUGCCAGGAAGAUUGUGGAAGUUGGCUAGAGUGUACUCUGAUCAAACUGGAGAAGCUCAGUAGGGUGGUAAGGAAAUGUGAGAAGCCAUGUGAGGAUGGUAAUCUUUGUGAUGCAAAAAUUAUGAAAAAUCUUUUACAACAAAAUGAGAUGGUGGAUAGAUAUUUCUAAAACACUAUAUUCUGCUAUGGGAAACAUACAGUGGGAAAUAUGUACCUAGAACGAACACACACUCUGCAAUUUUAUUUUGUUCUUUUCUACAUACGUUCUUGUACCAUGCUCAUCAUUGCAGAAUCUGAGUGCACACUUGUUAUAGAGGUCUCUAGAACACCAGAUAAGUUUGUAGUUAGUGCUGAUGUACCUAAAAUACACAUACUCCUAGGAUGUAUACUUGUUAAAGAUGUACUGAGGGCAAGAUUGUUCCAAAACUGGAAGCUAGAUGCACAAAGGGACUUAAAUCCUCUCUCCUCCUCCUCCUCCCACCCCCCCCCCCCCAAACACAGUUGGAGGGGAGUGAGGGUGGUGGUGUGCCCUCUUAUAUAGUGUAGCCCAGUGGUUAGAAUGCUCACCCAAAAUGUGGGAGACCUGGAUGUGGAGCAGAGACUUGAACAUGUUUCCCAACUCCCAGGUAAGUGCCUUCAUGAUUACAGUGAGUCCUUCUGAAUCUACCCUGUUGAAGUUGUUCCACUAAAAUAUUAAUGAGACCAGUGAUAGCGCAAGACUGAUUCUAUUGCUUAAUGGUUAGCACACUCACCUGGGAGUUGUGGGUUCCAAUCCCAGCUCCAGUGAAUAUUUAAAUAUUUGAGUGACAUACCUUAUAGCCUAGUGUUUAGAGCACUUGGCUGGGAGGUGGGAAACCUGUAUUCAAGUCCCCACUCCAUAUCCGACAAAGUGAGAAUUUGAACUCUUGUCACUGUAUCUUGGAUGAGUGCUCUAACCACUGGGCCAUGGAGUAUAAAAUGACCACAGUUCAUUAAUGCACUUUGAUCUACUCCUUUUUCAAAGGGGACUAAAUCAAAGUACAUUAACCUACUUUGUGUGUGGACCCUGUUGACUCACAUUAAGUCUGUCGCAGUCUAAUGUGGGCUAGCUUCACCUCCCUUAGGUUUUCUCCACUCCUUUUUGAAAUUACAGCUACUAAUUUAAAAAUAAGUGAACAAAUUUUAAAAUUGUGCUAAUUCCAAAAGCUGUGAUUUGAAGAAUAUACUAACAUUUGUCAAUGUAUAAUACUGCCUGCAAAGUGGAAAUUAUUCCCAUGUUGCAUCAAACUGAGGCACAGAGAGAGCAAGGCUAAAACUGUCAAAAAUAUCCACUAAUUUUGAGCACCCAAUUUGAGACACCUAGGUCCUGAUUUUUCGGAGUUCUUUUCUCUCAUCUUUCAGUCAGCCAGCAUCACUGUAGCCAACUUUUUCCCCUCUACUAACUUUCAUUUCCGCCCCACGCCCCCAAUCUCUUCUCUUUUAAGGACCUCAAAAGGGAGUGAUGGGUGGAAUAGUCCAUCCCCUCAUUAUUUUGGCCACAAACUAGAUCUAAUUUCCAAAACCAGUUUUUGAAUCAUUUAUUAUCACUCCUCUCUUACUCUUGUUUAUCAGUCAUCUGAACACAGCAGUACCAGUAAAGCCCUUUUUGUUUAAAUUAAUUCAAUCUUUCUAUCUCCUUAAACAAUUUUAUAUUGUGAUAGGUUAGACCCCUCCCCCUCCCCUUUCUGGGAUGCCACCUGAUGUACUGAAAUUUCACUGAGCCUGCCUGCUCCAUUAGCCUGUGCUCCCUCUCCCUGUUUUGCUGAAUCAGCACACAGACACAGGUAGGGAUGCACCAGCGGUAGAAUCACACAGAGUCUGCAAACAGCUCUCUAUGAGAAGACUCAGCUAGGAAAUCACCCAGCCCUCAAGUGCAGCACCCCUCUGGAAAGUACACCCAAAAUAAUGACUUGCACUGUAAAGAAAUCUAUACAACGUAAGCUCAUAAAUUUGGCCCCUCCCACAACAUGGAGGAAGAUGUGCACAACUUCUCCCCCCCCCGCCCCGCCCAGUUAAACUUGUUUUGUUGAUUAUUAAACCCAGUUUGUGCAAUUUUUAACUAUAGACAGCAGAUUUGAAGUGAUUAUAAGGGAUAGCAAACAGAACAAAGCAGAUUACCAAGCAAAUAAAACAAAACAUACAUACUAAACUGAAGGUCUUAAAGAGACUGAUUUCAAGAAGUAAUUUCUCACCCUAAAUGUUGACUUAAGCAGGAUGCAGAGUUUCUGUAGCUUAGAAUUCUAGUUAUUUCUCUUUACAGAUUAGACUCCUCUGUCUCAGUAUGGACUCAGCCCUUGCCUUGCCCACUGCUCAGUUCCUUUGUCUCUUCAGGUACUUUCAGCAGUCUUUCUUCUUGGACAGGAAGGCAAUGGAGAAGAGUCCUAUUUGCCUUAUGCCCCAGCCUUAAAUAAGAUUUACAUAAGGUGAGAAUCUUUUUGUUUCCCAGUCUUGACCUCCCCCUCCUUUUAGUGGAAAAUUACUAAAGUCCAAGGUGGUGUUUAGUACCAGGUGACACGACCACCUGACCUACUAGUGUCACUGCUACAUCUCAAGACACCUCUCGGGAAGGAGAGAGAUUAGUAUCUUCAAAGUCUUGUUUCUUCCUAAUGGCCUAUUAAAGCUGAUGGCCCAUUUUGUUGCCCUUCUCUGUACUUUUUCCAGUUCUAAUGUAUAUAUUUCAAUAUAUGAUAAAAACUUCAUGUGGUAUUCAAGGUGUGGGUGUAUCAUGGAUUCAUAUAGUGGCAUUAUGACUU